AUGCCCUUCACCCACGGUGCCGCCUGCCCCCCGUCACGCCUGGCAGCCCCCCGCGCCGCCGCCACCAUGGGCGAAGCGCCCGAGCCGUCCUCCCAGGCGCCGCUGGCCGUCCUCUCCAAGGUGGAGCUGCGGGUGAGCUGCAAGCACCUCCUGGACCGCGACACCCUCAACAAGUCGGACCCCUGCGUCCUGCUGCUCAUGCAGUCCCAGGGGCAGUGGGUGGAGGUGGACCGCAGCGAGGUGAUCAAGAGCAACCUGAACCCCGUCUUCGCCAAGAUCUUCACGGUGGACUACUACUUCGAGGAGGUGCAGAAGCUGCGCUUCGAGGUGUACGACAGCCACGGGCACGCCGGCGUUGGCACGCACGACGAUGACUUCCUGGGGGGCAUGGAGUGCACCGUGGGGCAGAUCGUGGCGCAGAAGCGGGUGACGAAGCCGCUGUUCCUCAAGUACGGGAAGUUCGCGGGGAAGUCCACCAUCACGGUCAUCUCCGAGGAGAUCUCAGGGAACAACGGCUACGUGGAGCUGGCCUUCCGGGCCAAGAAGCUGGAUGACAAGGACCUCUUCAGCAAGUCCGACCCCUUCCUGGAGAUCUACCGCAUUGACGAUGACCGCAGCGAGCAGCUGGUGUACCGCACCGAGGUGGUGAAGAACAACCUGAGCCCCAUCUGGGAGCCCUUCAAGGUCUCCCUGAACUCACUCUGCAGCUGCGAGGAGAAGAGGAAGCUGAGGUGCGUGGUGUGGGACUACGACUCGCGGGGCAAACACGACUUCAUCGGCGAGUUCUUCACCACCUUCGAGGAGAUGCAGAAGGCGAUGGGGGAAAACAAGGUGCAGUGGGAGUGCAUGAACCCCAAGUACAAGAUCAAGAAGCGCAACUACAAGAACUCGGGGGUGGUGGUGCUGCUGGACCUGAAGAUCCACAGGGUCUACUCCUUCCUGGACUACAUCAUGGGCGGCUGCCAGAUCCACUUCACGGUGGCCAUCGACUUCACGGCCUCCAACGGGGACCCCCGCAACAGCUGCUCCCUGCACUACAUCAACCCCUACCAGCCCAACGAGUACCUCAAGGCGCUCGUCGCUGUGGGUGAGAUCUGCCAGGACUACGACAGCGAUAAGAAAUUCUCUGCUCUGGGCUUUGGUGCACGGAUCCCCCCCAAGUACGAGGUCUCCCACGACUUCGCCAUCAACUUCAACCCAGACAACGACGAGUGUGAGGGCAUCCAGGGCGUCGUGGAGUCCUACCAGAGCUGCCUGCCCAAAAUCCAGCUGUACGGCCCCACCAAUGUGGCUCCCAUCAUCUCCAAGGUGGCUCGCGUGGCGGCCGACGAGGAGCGGACCAAGGAGGCGUCGCAAUACUUCAUCCUGCUGAUCCUGACGGACGGCGUGGUGACGGACAUGGCGGACACGCGGGAGGCCAUCGUCCGCGCCUCCUACCUGCCCAUGUCCAUCAUCAUCGUGGGCGUGGGCAACGCCGACUUCACCGACAUGCAGAUCCUGGACGGGGACGACGGCGUCCUGCGCUCCCCCAGGGGCGAGCCCGUCCUGCGCGACAUCGUCCAGUUCGUCCCCUUCCGGGAGUUCAAGAAUGCGUCCCCGACGGCGCUGGCCAAGUGCGUGCUGGCCGAGGUGCCCAAGCAGGUGGUGGAGUACUACAGCUACAAGGCCUUCCCGCCCCGCUGCCCCCAGCCCGACACCCCCGACUCCAGCCUCAGCUCACCCCAGUGA